GAUUGAUCGAUCAUACCUGUGGAGCUCAGAACAGCAGGGAGCAAUUGCACGUCAAUCUCUCCCACUGAGGAAGCCACGAUAAGAAAACAAAGUGUCAAAGCAUUUUUAUUGAUGUUUCCCCCUCUUCAGGGGUCAAGCAGCAGCCGAUGAUAACUGAUGCGGAUUGUCUCACUUUCACACAUCUGCCUCACAACGCACGUGUAUCACACGUGCUGCCGACGACACCAGUGGAGGAAACCUCUGACAUGUCUGCGACAAGGUAUAAUGAACUCCAAUUUGGAAGAUGUACACCAACAUUGUGAAGCGACCCUGGAGACUGAGUCUUCCCAGAAAAAAGCCAGUUAUUCUCAUGGGGGCAACAAGGCAAGUUUUGUGAAAAAUGAAGCACUCAACAAAAAGAGUCGCUCUGGAAAUACGCCAGGCAGAGUAAAGCGAGUCCUGUCGUUUAAGAGAAAGACUCAUCAUUUAGUGGUGGCUCGGAAAAAGCCCCAAAGUUCCGGAAGGACGCAUGAUGCAGCAAAGAAAGACCAUAAGAUGACAGCCACAAGGAAUAUUCAGCAGGAGAUGUUUGACGCGGACCCUCCGGUGUUGACGGCAAAUAGUAACCACGAUACCGGGAGAAGUGGAUCUCAAACAGAUGAAUAUUUGAAACUUGCUGAGCUCACGAGGGAUCACAGCACAAUAACUGAGGUGCUCCUGGGAAGAAACCUGAGACUGAAAGUGGCCUUAACACUGUGGAAGAGACAUUUUGGAGAGUUGAUAACAUAUUUUCAGAGAAUCCAAGAUACCAGUGUCUUCGUUGAUAUGCUCCCUCUCAUAAGCAAACGCAUGGAUGAUGACUCUUCCAACAUAACCAUCGGCUGUUGUGUGGACCUGUUCCCACUGGUUCACGAUAUCCUGAUCAGUCCUUAUGAAGCAUACGUCAGCGUCGGUUUAAUGUGGAUCAAUUCCGUUUUAAAUCGAUGGUGGGAACAGCUUAAAGCAAGUGGCUACACUGGAUCUGCCGAGUCUGGUUUGGAUAAAUGGGUGAGCCUGGGACCAAGUGCCGGUGAUCACCGUCAGCAGCCUACUUAAACUAGUCCUUGGUCUCACAUCAGCGCCAGAUCAACAACUCAA